AUCGUCAUUCGCCCCAUUCAAUUUUGUAGUAGAUAUAGAAUUAUGAAAUCCAAAUUUAACGUUGUAUCAUCGCGAUUACAAAUAAAAUAUUUCUAGAACGAAAAUAUAUAUAUGUAUACCCGCAUAGUUCUUUAGUGAUGUAAAUUUAAUUUUAUAAAUCAAUAUAUUCCAUAUUUCGAUGUAUAAUGAAAGAAAGACAAGUUUCAGUCGACGGGAAUAUUCGGAAUAAAGAAUUUUUGCGGAAAAGUGUCGACGAAAAUUCUUCGGGAAACGAAGGAGGCAGAGCGGGGGUAGUAGGCGGAGAACAUGGAAAAUUUGGAGGAGGUGUUGCAGGCGCUCGACGAGUUUCAGAAAAUGCGUCCGAGCGAGAUACCUCGAGAGCUAGAAGACUAUUUGUGUUGGGUCGCGAAAACCGGUGAUCCUGUUUAUCAGUGGUCACUGAUUAAAACGUUGUUUCGGGAAAAGCUUACCCGCGUGAUGACUGACUUUUACGAGAGUUGUCCAACCCUGGAACUUGCACCAUGCCCUAACGUCGAGCAUUUUAAUUAUGACACCAUGAAGAGCAAUCUUUUGGAACGUUUGGAAUCCUUUGCAAAUGCACCGUUCACUGUCCAGAGAAUCUGCGAACUACUAACAGCACCGCGUAAGGAAUACAAUAGGGUUGACAAAUUCAUGCGUGCCAUAGAAAAGAAUAUUUUGGUUGUUUCUACUAGAGAACCAGGACCAAUUGCCAGGAGAAAUGAAAAUGGAGAUGGUAUGGUAAAUGGAUCUGUGGACGAAGAUACUUCUGCCACGCAACCCCCUCAGGAUGUAGAAAUGGAAUAUUGGGAAAAGGACUGCCCUUCUACCGUUACUAUUAGCGUACACACUGUUGAAAAUGAAGCACCCAUGUUACAGACUGUCGUACCAACUACCGCUGUUGCAAAAAAUGUAUUUGGCGCAGAAGAAGUUUCUCAAGAGAAGGCUGAAUCAAUGUCCUCCAAGGCAGAUAUAACUGGAUCUAAUUUUGUACCGAAUACGUCAGAAUUUUCUGGUGUUUCGAAUUUAACAUCUCAAACACAGACUCAAGAGCCACAAAUAGAACCUACUAUACAAAAUUUGUCGUCUAUAGUUUCUGAAACUUCUGGAAUAACAAAUGAUGUCCCAGAAGGUAUAAUGAACGAGGAUACUAGUUCUCAACCUAGUUUAGACUUGGAGAAUGAAGAUGGAGAUGGUGUAGACUCAACAAGGAAAUUACAAACAACUUUUCAAACAAAGGACUUCAGCUCAAGUGAAAAUAAAUCAUCCAAAUUUUAUUUAGAUAAUUCUAAAGUGAACGAGAAGAUGAAAGUUGGUUCGAUGCAGGCACAUGUACAAGAAGGACCAAAUAAGGUUAACGACGUAUCGAUUAAGUCUGACAUGGAAUCUAAAUCAAUAAAUAAUAAAGAAUCAAUGGAUCCAGUGGUUGAUAAUUUAUUAAAUACUUCUGAUAUGAAUUUUGGAGAUACUGCGAAGUCCAGCAUUAAUGCAGUUAAUACAGAAACAAUUACUGAUGCACCUGGUACAAAUAUAGAUGAGAAAGAGACUUUACCUUCAAACGAUACUAGCACAGGAGAUACUUCUUCGGCAAGUAAUUCGAAUAAACUUAUUGGUAAUUUACACUUAUCAGCUGCUGAAACAGUUUCAGUUGGAACUUCAUCUGCAAGUAUAUCCAAAAAUCCAUCUACAGAUGUGAAAAAUGUGAAAGAUCAAAGUAGAAAAGUACAAUUAAUUAAAGAAUUAAAACCUAUAGUGGAGGAACCAUGUUCUGAAGAUGAUAUAAAGGAAAGUACUAGCGAACACCAAGAGAAGGAAAGUUUGACUAUAACGGAAGCUAUAGAAGAUGAUGCCAGAGUAAUUAAAUCUAUAGUACCUGAACCAAUUCCUAUCAUAGAAGAACCUAAAGAUGCAGAACCUGUCAGUGUCAAAGAGGAAGAUUCUACACCCAUUGUUGAACUUCUAGAAGAGUCUGAGAAUCAAAACCCUAUAGUUGCGUGUCAGUCAGAAUGCGAAGAAAAAAUGUCUAUUGAAAGCAGUGAUAUGAUAGAAUUACAAGGUAAUAAUAUAGCUACUAUCGCAUCUAAUGUAGAAGAUAAUGACACGAUAAUGGAAACUGUUACAAAUAAAAAAGAAGAAAAUACAGCAGAACUGAUGGAAGUAGAUGAUGAAGAAACUUCAUCAAUGUUUCAACAAGAUGAUGAACCAAUGGAACAAGAAAUAACUCAUCCAUCGCAAAGUUAAUAAUGUUUAAAUUGAUUGUUCAAUUCCUUUUAAUGCUCGAAUUUGUUCUACUUAAAAAACAUGAAACAAACAGGAUGAAAACUUGUCUACGUAAGAAAAUUCUUAUUAUAAUUGAAGUGUCAUUUUUAUUAAUUCUAUUACACGAUUCGACAUAUAAAACAUGAGAAAAUAGUAUAAAAGUCACAGAGAAUUGUACAAUUAUGUAUUAUUUACUGGUUUAUUGACUUUAUAAUUACAAUUAAAUUUGAUAAAUUUUGGUAUUUACUUGUACAGAAACUUGUGCGUAUGAAUUUCUAAGCUCCUGUAGAAAGCAAAGAACUACCUACUCCCAAGAUGUUAUACUAUUAACGACCAGUUGUAACUACGAUUUGAGUUUCUGCUCAAGUCGAAUUGUAAAAAGUUUCGUCAUAAAUUUAUACAAAUAAAGUUUCUAUUUAGGGUAUGGCUGUGCUUGUGACCGGAGCAUAAGAAAUUCUAAUGUAGCUCCUAACAAAUGUGACGUGUGAUAGUUCUGUGAACAAAGAGCAUUUGAAAUAUGCAUUCUGGUGUUUUAAAAUACUUUUUAUCUGUGAAAGGAGCUAAUUUCUUGUAUGACCAUAGCUUGAAUUGCAUUCCAAAUUCAGGUUCUCAGUGUUCAGCUAAUAAAUGUUUUAUAUAAGCAAAUAUUUUGAAAUUUUAUGAAAUAAUUGGUGAGUUAAUUGGUAAUUAAUAAAAUGCGUCAAUUUUUAAAACUUCACAACUUGUUAGGCACAGUUUUCCCACAGAUGACUGAAGAUUAAGGAUGUUCCAAUUAUAAUAAGCGUAAAUGAAAUUGAAGGAUCAAUUCCAUUUUAUGAUUCAAGAUGUAAUUAAUUAAUGAAUGUCCUUGUUACACAUAUUUCCUACAUAGAAAAGUAUAAGAUAUAGCAAGAUUAAAAAGUAUCAAUCGUUUUUUCAUGUUAGACAAAUAAAUUUUAUUGCUUUCUUUAUUCCUUGCUAUGUUUUUUCAUAGAGAAAUUAUAGAUGAAUACUUAUUGGAUAACAAGGGUAUAAUAAUGUUCUUUCAUUUCCUGAAAAAAACAUGUAGUAUUCAACAGACCCGUGUAAUGAUUGAAAACAGAAAUUCAACUAAUUUAAUUGAAACAAUUUACUUCUAAUCGUGUGUUAUAAUGAAUAUUUUUACUUAUACACAGGGUUUGAAGUAGAUUAUUCUCAUAUAAUUGUAGUAAUGGGAUAUUAAUUUAAAGAUAACAUAGAUCGACGAUAUAUAAGAUACAUUGAUAGCUUAAAAUAGCAGUGUACAUUAUUUUAUAGGAAAAUAUAUUAAAAAUUAUUACCAAAGUGGAAUUAUUUAUAAUACCUGCCUUACACCUUAGAUCAGAAAUGAUAUAUAUACACACAUACGUACACAGGGCUUUGUGAUUUUUGUAUUAACACAAGUUACAACCUGUUAAUAAGUACUUCAUGCGUUGCCCAAAUUAUUUUAUUAGAUUAAACAGAGCAUAUUGAAUAUAAAUUUCAUUUCCACCUCCGAAUUUUGUUGAUGUAUCGAUAUAUCUUAUCAACGAGUUUAUACAUCCUGCAGAUGAAAAACGGAAAAGUAAAUAAUGAAAUAAUAAAGUCAGUAAUUGUAAGAGUUAUUUAAGUACACACCUUUUUCAUAUUAUUUAAAAACAUUCUUAACAAAUGUCACUGGUAUAAAGGAAUCAUCAAUAAUUAAAACGUAA